AUGGAGUAACAUUUAAGAUUAUAAAGAAUUGGUCCAACUUCUUUAACUUAAUAACUCAGUUCGAAAUAGGAAUCAUCAUCACAAAUAAUAUUAGAGGAUGAAAUUUAGUAGGAAAGUUUAAGAGAAAUGAAUGAAAACAAAAGUUUUGAUAUGAAUAUGUCUCGUUUUGAAAGUAAAGUAAUUAUUGUAACUAUUGAAGUCUGAAUUUAGGAGACGAGGACAAUAUCCAUUAAGAACUCUAAAGACCCUUCAAACAUAAAAAUAAUCAAAUUUCAUUCAGAAUUUUAAAUUGUAGUUGCACGUUCAUCGAUUCGUCAAUAAUAUCUUUACAAACUCAUAUAUCUUAAGAAAUUAAUAGAAAUAAAUAAUUAAUGAUUAACUAUUCGAAAAAAAUUCAACUUCUUAGAAAAAAGAACAUAGUAAGAUAAAUUUAUGAUUAAUUAUAGUUUAAGACACUUUAGCAUGGAUUCCAAUAUUUUUACCUUCCACAAAUGCAAUUAUUGUUUGGGAUAUUUUUGGGUUUCUAAACAAUCUUUUAAUGCUAUGGUUAACUCCCUUUAUAGGAUCAUUUAAUAAUUAUCAAAACGAUAUCAUAUCUAUUAUUUAAUAAAUUAUCUUAAUAUUUCAAAUAAUUGAUUUCUUAGUUUAAUUUAACAGAGGAAUAUUUAUAUCAGCUAUACUAAUUACUAAUAGAAUGUCAAUAAUCAAAGAGUAUUUAAAAUCAAAUGCUUUUGUAGAUUUCCUAAGAGUUUUUAUUUGGUUUUGCUUAAAACAUGAAGUAAUAUUCAAUGAAAUUCUGGAAAUUACAAUAAUUUUAGAAAUUAUACUAAUAUAUUAGAAUAUCUAAAGAUACCUUGCAGAAUAUUUUCAAUAUUUCUAUAUGAAAGGAGGUUAGAAUGCUAUUUUAGAUUUAAUUUAAUUAAUCAUUUAAAUAUAUUAUUUUGCUCAUAUAAUUGCAUGUUUAUGGCAUUAUACAGGAGAAAAAACUAAAUAUUUGGGAACUUCAUGGUUGAUGGAACAUAAUUUAACAGAAUAUUCAUCUUGGCAUUAAUACAAUGCAUCAUUUUAUUGGGCAACUAUGACAAUGACAACUGUUGGUUAUGGUGAUAUAUCUGCUUCAAAUUAAGUUGAAAUGAUUAUAUCAUCUAUUAUCAUGUUUUUUUCUAGUUAUGCUUUUGCUUAUACUAUGAGUUCAAUAGGAAUUAUUUUGAAAAAUCUAUAUGAUGCCAAAUAAACAUAUAAGUAACAAUUAUUAAAUAAAUCAGAAAGAACUUGAUUUAAAUAACUUAAUAUAUGCAUAAAAAUCAAGUAGAUGAGAACAUUCAAGGCAGAAUUAGAAAUUACAUAAGAAUCCAUUCAACUUCAGAUAAUGUAGAAAAUUAAAGCGAAAUAGAUAAUAUAAUUAGUUUAUUACCAAAUAAUUUGUAAAAAGAUUUAAAUAAUGAUAUAUAAACUAGAGUUCUAAAAAAAAUGAAAUUAAUAAUUAAUCAUUUUUCAAAAUUUGCAUAAUAAUAAGUUGCAAAAAAUCUAGAAUUGAUUUCAUUUUUGCCAGGAGACAUUAUAUAUAAAUAGGGAGAUAUUCAUGAAGAUAAUCUGUAUUAUUUAUAUUAAUAAAUUUAGUUAUUUUAUUUAAUAAGGAGAUGUAAAUUAAAUAGAAAUGUAAACUGAACUUAAAUUAAGAAAUCUAAAAACAUCUUAAUAUUUAGGUUACUAUUCUUUUUUUACUGGAUUUGCUCCAAAAGAAACAGCAGUCAGUUAAGGACCUAGUUAACUUUAUAGAAUAAGUAGAAAGAAAUUUCUAGAUAUAAUAAGGUAGAAUUAAAAAGAUUUAGAAAUCUUUCAUCAUAUAAAAGACAAGAUGAUUUAUAAAUAGAACUUUGUUUUAUUUGAUCACAAAUGUAACUUUUGUAAUAGAUAUGUUCAUCAGGAAAUAGAUUGUCCAUUAAUUCAAUUUAAACCAGAUUUAGAACGUAUUUUAAAAAAAGAUUCAUUUAAAGAAGAAUGUAAUAUAAGUAGAUACAGAUCAAGGAGAAAAUCGAAAAAUAAUACUUUAGCUUAAAAUUAAAUGAUAGAAUAAUCAUUAAAAAUAUAUUAAGAAGAAAAUUAAUUAAAUGAAGAUCUAAUAUCUCAUCAAGAAUUAUAAAAUGAGAAAUCUGUCAUAUCGGAACAAUAAAUUACAUCAUAAUAGUACAUAACAAGUGAAAAAGAUAUAAAUAUAGAUCAACAAGCUUUAAGAUAAAAUUAGAGAAAAGUAACGUAGAAUCAUAUAGGGAAAGGACAGAAAAGUAAAUUAUUCUUUAAUUAGAAUUGUCUUAUCUUAAGGUAAUACCAUUUGUCCAAGAAACAAAAUAAUCAUAACGCAGAAUAGUAUAGUCGAAUGAUGAAAUUUUAAUUCCUAAACAAUAUAGUAUGAUAGAAGAGAUAGAGACAACACUUUAAAAAGGCUUGAAACCUUCUCUAAAUAUUGAUUCAAUUUCAUUAAAGUCAUAAUAUUACAUGCCAUAAUAUUAAAUUGAAGCUUAAUUAAAAUUAUGGAUUAAAACUUAAAAAAAGAGAAGUAAUAAAUUUUGGAAUAUUUAUGAAUAUUUAUAAAAAUAUACUUUUUCAAGUUUUGUAAAAGAUGCAGCAAUUAAGAUGAUUAAUUAAGGAAAAAAAUUGUACAGAUUACAAAUAUAAUAAUAAAUUAUUUAAUUAUAAUGCUGUACAAUACUAUUAAUUAGUAUUGAUUGA